AUGCGUCUCAACGCCCAUACAGCCUCCGUCAUCCUGUCCUAUGUAGCUUUACUGUCCCAAGCUCAGGCAGCCGACGAGUCAGUAAAAAAGGAAGAACCAACUGCUACGUCCAUCGAUAGACCCGCAUUCACUGCUUCGAACGUGAAAGCACCAUUCAUUGAGCAGUUCACAGACGAUUGGCAAAAGCGAUGGACACCCUCGCAUGCUAAGAAGGCGGAUUCGGGUGAAGAAGAGUGGGCGUAUGUUGGAGAAUGGGCUGUUGAGGAGCCGACUGUGUACAAGGGCAUCAAUGGUGACAAGGGAUUGGUGGUGAAAAACGCCGCCGCUCACCAUGCCAUUUCCGCCAAAUUCCCCAGGAAGAUUGACAACAAGGGAAAAGACCUCGUUGUUCAGUAUGAAGUUAAGCUUCAAAAUUCCUUGGUCUGUGGUGGUGCGUACAUGAAGUUGCUCAAGGAUAGCAAGAAGCUCCAUGCAGAGGAGUUUUCAAAUGCCUCCCCUUAUGUUAUCAUGUUUGGACCGGACAAGUGCGGUGCUACAAACAAGGUUCAUUUUAUUUUCAAACAUAAAAACCCCAAGACUGGUGAAUAUGAAGAAAAACAUUUGUCGAAUCCGCCGACGGCUCGUAUCUCGAAGCUCUCUACUUUAUAUACUCUCAUAGUUAGGCCAGACCAGAGCUUCCAGAUUCAGAUUGACGGAGAAGCUGUCAAGAACGGAACUUUAUUGGAAGAUUUCGAGCCUCCCGUCAACCCUCCAAAAGAGAUUGACGAUCCAGAAGAUACAAAACCCAGCGAUUGGGUCGAUGACGCGAAGAUUUCGGACCCAGAUGCCAAGAAGCCACAAGACUGGGACGAAGAUGCUCCGUUUGAGAUCGUGGACACCGAGGCUAAGAAGCCCGAAGACUGGCUCGACAAUGAGCCCACGUCUAUCCCCGAUCCCGAAGCUAAGAAACCCGAAGAUUGGGAUGACGAGGAAGACGGUGACUGGGCUGCGCCAACUAUUGCAAACCCCAAGUGUGAGGAAGCCCCUGGUUGUGGAAAGUGGGAGGCUCCAAUGAAGAGGAACCCUGACUACAAGGGCAAAUGGACUGCGCCCAUGAUCGACAAUCCUGCCUACAAAGGCGCAUGGGCCCCUCGAAAAAUCGCUAACCCAAAUUUCUUCGAGGAUAAGAGACCCGCUGACUUUGAACCAAUGGGUGCUAUUGGCUUUGAAAUCUGGACCAUGCAAAAUGAUAUCCUCUUUGACAACAUCUAUAUUGGCCAUUCCGUUGAUGAUGCCAAACAGCUGAAGAAGGAGACGUUCGACAUCAAACACCCUAUUGAAACAGCCGAAGAAAAAGCAGCUGAACCAAAAGACGAGCCCUCCGGUGAUGAUGAUAACCUUAGCUUCAAGGAAGAUCCAGUCAAGUACGUUCGCAGCAAGGUUGACCGCUUCGUUGGGCUUGCCCGAGAGAACCCUGUCGAAGCCAUCAAGGAGGUUCCUGAAGUUGCAGGUGGCUUAGGCGCUCUUUUGGUUACCUUACUCUUUGUCGUUUUCAGUGCCAUGGGUCUUAAUAGCCCCACACCCGCCCCAGCGAAGAAGGAAUCUGGAAAGGGCAAGGAUAAAUCGAAGGAACAAGUCGCUGAAGCAGUGAGCACUGGAGCAGAGAACGUCAAAGCUGGAGCUACAAAACGGACCAAGUCUAGUGACUAG